GUAGUAGCCGUAAAACGGCAGCUUCUGUCGCAAAAAUCGUCCAACUGUAAGCAGAGGUCACAUCAAAACAUUCAGCAUGGGAGGGGACCAUGGACACAGCAAAGUGUCUUUGCCUGACUGGAAGCAGUGGAAAGUCGAGGGAACGCCACUGGAGUUCACAAAACAGAGACUGGCAGCCAGAGGUCUGAAGGACCCAUGGGCCCGCAAUGAAGCAUGGAGAUAUGCAGGUGGCUUCUCUCGUGCUGUGACUCUGUCAGAGGUUCUUCUGAGAGGAUUCAAGUGGGGCUUUGCUGCCUUUACCGUUGCUUUGGCUGUAGAAUAUACACUGUUCCCACCCAAAAAGGGAGGCCAUUGAAGUUCAUCCUUUUUUCUCAUCCCUAGAUCAGAUAAUGGAAACUUAAAAUACAUUCUGUAAAUUUCUGUUUAUUAAAUGUUUUUGAUGACCA